UAUGUCACGUCGCAGUAGCUGAGUUACUACGGUGCAAGACGUAGCUCAUAUAUAAACUCAAACCUUGAAACAGAACAGUGAUUUCCUAGGUUACGAUGGCGGUCAUACUUGCAUACCUUUGUUUAAGCGUGGUGGUGAUGCUACUUGUUCUACUUACUUUUCUGUUAUCGUAUAGUGUAGUAGCUCACCGGUAUUGGAAAAGUAACGGUGUAUUCAGUUUGGAACCUCAGUUAUUUUUCGGAAAUGCUAAAAGUGUUGUACUACAAAAAGAAGGAAUGGGAAUGGGUAUGAAACACUUUUAUGAUACGUUAAAAAGGAAUGGACUGGCAUUUGGGGGAUAUUACUUUUUGACACGCCCGAUUUUGGUGUUAGCGGACAUGAAGCUCAUUAAAGAUGUGCUCACCACCGAUUUCUCCCAUUUUGUUGACCAUCCGUUUUACAUUGAUGAAGAAAAAGACCCACUAAGCGCUAAUCUAUACUCUCUUCAGGGCGAAAAAUGGAAAACUCGCAGAUCGAAGCUAGCUCCCGCGUUCAGCGCAGGAAGACUCAAGAUUAUGUUCGAAACAAUUGCGAAAUGCUGCAAUCAGUUAACGGUCGUUAUAGACGAAAGUGCGGGUCGUGGAAACGCGAUUGAUAUAAUGGAUAUUAUCGCAAACAUGGGCGUCGAUAUGAUCGGAUCGUGCGCGUUUGGCUUAGACUGCAACAGUUUCAAGAAUACCAACAACAAAUUCAAACACUUUGGUCUCCAAUUUCUGCACAACACGUCAAAGUGGAGAGCGUUCGUGUUUAUGCUGCUAUUUAUGUUCCCCGAUCUUUCUAAGAAAUUGAAACUGACUUUAAAUAACAAAGAAAUGACAGAUUUCUUUUUGCAACUUGUUCGCGAUGUUGCCCAGCAUCGAGAAGAGAAUAAUAUUUCUCGGAAAGAUUUUAUGCACUCCCUUCUCCAAAUUAAGAACAAUGUGGAGAUAUCCGAAACCAGUUUAGGUAGUGUAAUGCCUUCUGUUCGACAAGAAGAAGAUGGUGCCACUAUCGCGGAAAUUGCCGGGCAUUGCUUUUCGUUUUUUGUUGCCGGUUUUGAGCCAUUCUCUACAACAACCAGUUUCUGUCUUUACGAAUUAUCGCUAAACACAACACUACAAGAUAAUCUUCGGAAGGAAAUUAACUCCGUUUUGGACGCCCAUGAAGGAAAACUCACUUACGACGCAGUCAUGGACAUGGGUCUCUUAGAUCGAUGCCUAAAAGAAACUUUAAGAAAACACUCGCCUGCCACAAGUCACAUAAGGCUAUGCACCAAACCAUACAAGAUCCCAAAUUCCAACCUCACGCUGCCCAUAGGAACGACGGUGUUGAUUCCAGCUUACGGUCUUCAUAUGGACCCAGAGUACUAUCCUAAUCCAGAAAUAUUUGACCCCGACAGAUUUUCGGAGGAGAAUCUGGCGAAGCGACCCGCGGAGUCUUGGAUGCCAUUUGGACUGGGCCCACGGCAGUGUGUUUCUUACCUGUUUGGAUUACUGGAAAUGAAGGCCGGAUUAGUUACUUUAUUAAAACGCUACCGUUUUUCGUUACAUCCUUCAACGAAAACUCCAAUAACUAUGUGUCCUAAGAAUCCUGUAAUGUACCCAUCAUCUACCAUAUAUUUAUCUGCGGAAAAGAUCUCGAUUAUUUAAAUUUUAAAUAGUAGACUGUUUUGUUUUACAAUAAGUAGGUAAAUUAUAAGGUACUUAGUAGUACUUAUAGGUGCAUUUCACACAUAAAAAGUUCCCAAGGUUGCACAGAAGGCGCACUUUGAGCUGAAGUUUAUGUGUUUUUUGUUUCAUAUUUGCCUUGAAUGUUGGAAUUUCCCGAAACACUAGCUAAGUAGAUUACGCGUUUGCUGUUUACAACCCUUUCGUUUCGCUUUUAGUUUAAGUGGAAGGGGAUUUUCUAGACAAUAUCAUAACAACGUCGCCGAAGUAACUUAAUUCUAAAUAUUUCAAUUUGAAGCAAGGUCAAAAUGAAACAAUCUUUACACAAAAAUCUGUUUCCAGCUAAAACUGCCACUUAAAAAUUACAAAUUUUACUAAUUUCUUCGCUCCCCCGUCUCAAUAAAGAACGUACCUAAUA